AGAAAGAAAGAAAGAAAGAAAGAGAGCCAAGUCCCCGCCGACGUCUCCUGCCCUGCCGUGGCAGCGGCCGCUCCGCAUUCUUGGCAUUCCUGGGCCGUGACUCCGAGGUCGGCGGCUGCUCCUCCAAGCAGCUCCGCGUUACGCGCCAGAGAAAGAGCGCCGUGCGCGCGCGCGCGCGCUUCCCGACCGCCACUCCGGCUCCUCCUCGCUUUAUAAUCCAGACUCCAAUCCCCUCCCUCACGCCCUUUCCCCACCCUCCUGGCUCCCUAGCCGCCCCCUGUCCCAGCGCCCGUCCUGCCCUCCUUCCCGAAUUUUAUGCCUCCUCUCUCAAACUUCUCCAAACUUUCCCCAGCGCCGCUGGGACGCACGAGUGUGUUUCUUAGCGAAGGGGGAGGAGAAGGCGGAGUCGGUUUUCCUUCUCUUUCUCUCCCUGUUUGCUGCUCCCCAACAAAACUUCGCCACCAUCCAGAUUCUCCCUUUUCUCACAGCACCGCCCCCCCCCCGCGCGUCUCCAGUUAUUAUUAUUAGUAUUAUUGCAGCGAUCAACUUAAAACUUUCUUCCCCUUGCUGCUUGGAUUUUUAUGAUUUUUUGGUGAAGAAGGAAACUUUGCGCAUCCAUCGCUGGAUCUUCCUCACGGAGUUUUGUAUGCGUGCGUGUGUGCUUUGCAUAAAAGCUUUACUUUUUCUCUUGGGGGCGGAGAAAGGAAGGGAUCCCAGCGGACGAGGCGCGUUGGGGAGAAGAAGCUGCUUUUGGGUGACCCAAGAAACAGCAGGGAUCUGCCUUUGGCAUGGGCAACCUUUCCGAAACCUGGAGGAGAAGAGCAGCCACUGGAGCAGCGAUAUUCAAGUCUCUCUUGCUAAGAAGAUCUAAAGCGUGAGAAGGCGAAGCCCCAGCAGCCAUGCCGUUUGGGUUGAAAUUGCGAAGGACCAGGCGCUACAAUGUCCGGAGCAAGAACUGCUUUAUGACACGGAUCCGCUUGUUGGACAACAACGUAAUUGAGUGCACGCUCUCUGUGGAGAGCACCGGGCAGGAAUGUCUGGAGGCCGUGGCUCAGAGGCUGGAAUUGCGAGAGACACACUAUUUUGGCCUUUGGUUUCACAGCAAGAGCCAGCAAGUGCGAUGGGUGGAAUUGGAGAAACCUCUGAAAAAGCAGCUGGACAAGUUUGCCAGCGAGCCUUUGCUGUUCUUUGGGGUCAUGUUCUACGUGCCCAGCGUUGCCAGACUACAGCAAGAAGUCACAAGGUAUCAGUAUUACCUGCAGGUAAAAAAAGAUGUUCUUGAUGGACGAUUGCGAUCUUCACGGGAACAUGGGAUCAAGUUAGCUGCCUUGGCGGUUCAAGCUGAUUUUGGAGACUUCCAUCAAUUUGCAUCUCAUGAUUUUCUCCGGGAAUAUGUAUUGUUUCCUAUGGACUGGAUCCAAGACGAAGCCUCCCUGAAGGAGCUGACUGACAAAGUAGCCAAGGUGCACACAAAACACAGUGGCAUCUCUGCAGCGGAUGCGGAAUUCCUAUACAUCAGUGAAGUAGAACGACUAGAUGGGUUUGGGCAGGAAAGCUUCCCUGUGAAGGACAAUCAAGGAAAUGACAUGCACCUUGGAAUCUACUGCAUGGGGAUUUUUGUCAAGAACAGAAUGGGAAGGCCCACAGUGAUCUACAGGUGGAAUGAUAUCGGGAAUAUAACACACAACAAGUCUUCCAUUGCUGUGGAACUGCUCAACAAAGAAGAAACUGUGCUCUUUCAUACCGACGACCUUGAAAAUGCCAAGUAUAUUUCACGGCUGUUUGCUGCAAAGCACAAGUUUUACAAGCAAAACAACAUCUGCACAGAACAAUCAAAUUCCCCUCCUCCUAUUAGGCGGCGGCCCACCUGGAGUCGAUCAUCCUUGCCAAGGCAACACCCAUUUAUUAUGCCACCUAUGCACCUCCAGUGUGGAGAGCACUACACGGAAACUCACAAUUCACAAGACAGCAUUUUUCACGGAAACGAAGAUAUGUUUUACUGUAGAUCUCAGAGCAGCUUGGACAGGUGCGCGAUGGACUUCAGCUACUUGAACGGCAACGUUCCCAACGGCAGCGUGUGCAGCGCCCAGAGCACGAACUCUCUCAACCACUCGCAGAACUUCAUCCAGGCUUCCCCGGUGUCCUCCAACCUCAGCAUCCCUGGGAGCGACAUAAUGAGAGCGGACUACAUCCCCAGCCAUAGGCACAGCGCGAUUAUCGUGCCUUCCUAUAGGCCGACGCCAGACUAUGAGACGGUCAUGAGGCAGAUGAAGAGGGGGGUUGUCCACCCGGACAGCCAGAGCCAGUCCUUGAAGAACCUCAACAUUGGGAACACCCAUGCGUACAACCAACCCAAAGACCUUGUGUACAGUCAACCGGAGAUCCGGGAGAGGCCUCCUUACGCCAUUACGUACGGGCCUCAGGGCACUUACAAAAAACACGCCGCGCCAUCUGAGCAAGUGAACCCCAUCAACGCUGCGCAGACGAAAGCAGCGGCCAGUUCCAUUUCCCACACCGUCAGCACCCCGGAACUGGCCAACAUGCAAGUCCCCAACAACCAGAGGUGCGGCACAGCGCACAUAUUAAAGAACUACCUUUUCAGGCCCCCGCCACCAUAUCCGCGCCCCCGUCCUGCGACCAGCACACCCGACCUCGCGAGUCACCGCCACAAGUAUGUCAGCGGCAGCAGCCCCGAUCUGGUCACUCGCAAGGUGCAGCUCCUGGUAAAGACUUUCCAAGAGGACAGCUCUCCGGUGGUUCACCAGUCUCUCCAGGAAGUUAGUGAGCCCCUUAUGGCGGUCAAGCACCACGCGGCCGUCAACAAGCGCCACAGCUUGGAAGUGAUCAGCAACAUGGUGCGCGGCAUAGAAGCGAUGGCUUUGAAGAGCCUCAACGCCCCUCUGCCGCGCAGGAACACGUUGCGCGAGCAGGUGCAGCAGGAGGAAGUGGGGCCCAGGGCUCACGAGGUCCAGCAGCUCCCUCACUACCACCACAAGAAGACCUUCUCGGACGCCACAAUGCUGAUACACAGCAGCGAAAGCGAAGAGGACGAAGAAGCUUCGGAAUCGGUGCCUUCCAUGGCGGCGCUCCAUGAAAACGUGGAGUACAGCGCUCAGCUGCAGGCCGCCUUGGCUAGGAUACCAAACAAACCUCCCCCUGAGUAUCCGGGCCCCAGGAAAAGCGUCAGCAACGGAGCCCUGAGCAAUGAGCAGGCGAACGUUUUGCUGGCUGCCUCUCGAGCCAGGGCUGUCAGGCCGGGUCCUGCGAAAGCCAUCAGCAUAUCUCGGACUGAUCAGGCGUCAGUCAAUGGGUCCUCGCUCGGCCCAUCCAUCUCCGAACCGGACCUCACAAGUGUAAAGGAAAGAGUCAAGAAAGAGCCAGUGAAGGAGAGGCCUGUGUCGGAAAUGUUUUCGAUUGAAGACAGUAUCAUAGAAAGAGAGAUGAGGUAUCUAGAGAAACAGAAGAUGGCAGGCCUGGAGGCCCAGAAGAGGCCCUUGAUGUUGGCAGCGCUCAACGGUCUCUCAGUCGCUCGAGUUCCAGUGCCUGAGGACAGCCAGGAUGAAGCAGUCAAGGUGCCAAUGGAUGAGCGGUGCAAAAUCCUGAGGAGGAAACUAGAAGAGGGGAUGGUGUUCACUGAAUAUGAGCAGAUUCCAAAGAGGAAGGCAGACGGGGUCUUUACCACAGCGACGCUUCCGGAGAACUCCGAGCGUAACCGUGUCCGAGAAGUUAUUCCGUAUGAGGAGAACCGCGUGGAGCUCGUCCCAACCAAAGAAAACAACACGGGCUACAUCAACGCCUCACACAUAAAGGUUACAGUGGGCGGAGAAGAAUGGCACUACAUAGCCACACAAGGACCUUUGCCACAAACAUGCCAUGAUUUCUGGCAAAUGGUGUGGGAAGAAGGGGUGAAUGUGAUAGCCAUGGUGACAGCGGAGGAGGAAAGAGGAAGAGCCAAGAGCCAUCGCUACUGGCCGAAACUCGGCUCCAAGCACAGCUCAGCCACUUACGGGAAGUUCAAGGUGACCACCAAAUUCCGCACCGAUUCGGGUUGCUAUGCCACGACGGGUCUCAAGGUCAAGCACCUUCUGCUAGGGCAGGAGAAAACGGUGUGGCAUUUGCAGUACACCGACUGGCCGGAUCACGGUUGCCCAGAAGAACAAGGCUUUCUCUCCUACUUGGAAGAGAUCCAAUCUGUGCGACGCCACACCAACAGUGUCCUGGACAGCAGCAACAACUGCAACCCCCCAAUUGUAGUUCACUGCAGCGCCGGCGUGGGGAGGACGGGGGUCGUCAUUUUGACGGAGCUCAUGAUUGGCUGCUUGGAGCACAACGAGAGAGUGGAUGUUCCAGUGAUGCUGCAACACCUGAGGGAGCAAAGGAUGUUCAUGAUCCAAACCAUCGCUCAGUAUAAAUUUGUCUAUCAAGUCCUCAUCCUCUUCCUUCAAAACUCUAGACUCAUUUAACAGCCUCAGAAGAGACCCAGCUGUUUUCCCAUACAUGCAGCCUUCUGGAUCUGGCUGAGAAUCCCUCCCUCCAUGUUGUUGUGGGGGGCGGGGCGUGUUCUUUUGGCAGUAUUUUGUGACGAAUACGCAAAAUUGACAGUAGGGAGACCUUGUUCUUCCUACAAAUUAUUUUAUACGAGAUAAUUUAUUAUUAUUAUUUUUCCUCGCAAUGAUGUGUGAAUGUUCUUAAUUUGUGAAACACGUUAUGACUUUGGAAUUAUGGAAACACAUUUCAUAUGGCUGACCUUCUUUUUACAACCUGACAGUUCCUAUCUGACAGCGUUCUCUCGACUUUUGCGUUUCCGUACGACCUGGUAGGCUGUUUUUAUUCCUCAAUUUGGAGGGAUGCAACCUAUUUUCAGGGCAUAGAAGAGGUGACUCACAUUAAAAAAUAAUGGAUUUUGUCCGAAUCUAAAAGCAAGUAUCUUUUUCUAUACAGGCAACUCCCAAUUUACGCAGGGGUUACGUUCCAAUGCACCGCACAUAUAAAUGAAAUCAUGUUUUUUGAAACACCAUUGAAAAGGCUGCAAACACCCCAUUCAACCCCCACCUGAUUCUGCCCUCUUUUGUGACAUUAUUGUGAUGUUUUCGAGUCUCUUCUGCGUUCAGUGGGAUGCGUGUGUGUGCAGUCGCACACAUAUCAGAUGCGCCUAAAACAGAUGUUGCUCUGUGUGAUGUUGCAGCUUUUUACAGGGAAACAGCCUGGUUUUCCAGUCAACUCUUAACAUCCAGGUGAGCAGCAUUGGGCAGGAAUGCUCAUAAUGUCUUGGUGAUGGUUGAAAGCAAUACUUCUGUAUGUGUAGCCACAAAAAAAAGCUCAAAUGGUUUAAAUAGAAUCUGUCAUUGACAUUAUCCUCUAACACCCCAGACGCACUUCACUUCCUUUUUCUCCCAUAAAUGGUAUUGAAUCCUGGCUCAGGAAAACGAUUUCACUUGACUGAGCAAAGGAUCUUGUGAGUAGAAAUGGAUCACCUGGUCCUGUUUCUGGUUGUGUGUCAGUUUGUCACAUGUUUUGGCUAUCAGUUACAUUCCGCCUUGUUUUCACAUUAAAUCUGAUUAUUAUUUUUUUAGAAAAGUAAAACUCUGUACGAAAACUCAUAUUUAAAUACAAAUCUAAAUACGUAUUCUAAAUGUGUAUUUAACUGCAUAUCUUAUCGCAGAAGAAAUGUACGGGUUUCUAAAUGUAUUUUACUGUAAAAUGCAGAUUUCUCUUUUUUAAACAGACAAAUUUUUGGUACUUUAGCGUGUAGCAAAAUUUGGGAAAGUGCAAAAGCUGAAGAGUGAUGAUUUUCCAUUCCAUGCCUUUGUCCCCGGAAAGUGAGAAUGGGGUUUGUUUGCUUUAAAAAAUGCAGACAGGGCAAAAUCCACCCCCACCCAGGCCUAUCAGUGAGUUUAUGGAACAUUUGGGAUUGAAACCAGAACUGAUUUUGUGUGAAAACAGUAUGUGGAUUUAAUUCUGGUAAUGAUCACAAAUUCCUUGGCUGAGCACAUGCUCAGAGGCUCCCUUCUCUUUAAUUCUUAGUCUUUGUCUUCCCACUUUUUUCUCCCCUUAGUGGACAUCAGAGUUCUAGUACAAAAGAAAGUUUGAAGCCUGCUCAGGCCUUGUUCAGGGAACCAGCCACUGGGAAGUUCUUCUGUGCAGGCCCAAGAGAUUUCACAGCUCCCACUCAUUUCAACAGACCUCGUGGGUACCAUAAAUAUCCACUCUCUGAUUCCUAGAGUACAUUUUUAUGGUAAAGAAAUACUUUCGAACAUCAGAAGCUGCCUUGUAUUUUGAGCCAGACCUGUGCCCUCCUAGUCUAGACUGGCAGUGGCUGUCCGAUGGCCAUUCAACUGGGAAACCUGAUGAUUGGCCAUGGAAUUGUUUGCAGGAAGAAGGUGCUUUCCACUUCUAAGCUGUGCAUGGCCCCUCCUUCAAUGAUGAUGUUCUGUCAGUUGUUCUUUGGCCUUCUGUUUGUUUGUUUCUUUGCAUGCCGUCAAUUUCAGGCAAUAGUGCUUAAGCAGCUAUUGCUGAGGUUGGCAGGCAGCUGGUACCCUUCUUCCCCAAGAGCAACAUUGGAUGUAACAAAAGAAAGCAGGGACAAAUCCCAGUUUUUAUUCAUUUAACCAGUCGUAUGCAUUUUAAUUUCAUUUGUUGAGUGUGAAUAAAAAACACUGGGUGGAACUCGAUGUUGCGCAAAGGUGACAGUUCCGCCAGUUCAGACAUUACUGUAUUAAAUCUCCCUUCUCCUCUGCCAUCACUGGGGGUUCUCCCAGUCUUCCCAAGCAGAUGUGGGAAGGCAUGAGGGGUGUUGUGUGGGGAGGACAAAGAAUGGGGGGUGGGGCGGGGAGUCCAAUUGCACUACAGAACUCAUUGUGCUGGGUUCUACUUAGCUCAGUGUUUCUCAACCUGUGGGUACCCAGAUGUUGUUGGACUACAACUCCCAUCAUUCCUAGCCAGCAUGACCAGUGGUCAGGGAAGAUGGGAGCUGUACUCCAACAACAUCUGGGGAUCCACAGGUUGAGAACCGCUGAUUAGCUGAAGCCAGCCCUCAAUUUCUGAAGCAAAGAAAUGAGUUCCCUUUAUGUUUAGGUAAUGGACACAAACAUCAUAGCAGAGCUCAUCUUAGAACAGGCAUUCUCUUCUGCGUAAGAGAAAAGGAGAAAUGUGUAUUUUUAAGAUGGUGAUGGCUUCCUAUCUGUACCCUUUUAUAAGUACUGGUACAUAAUCAAGCUGCACACUUUGACCUUUAGAGCAGAUCUAUGGAGGGAGGUGGAGGAAUACAUCAUGGAGGGAGUUCCAUUGUUCUCCCCCACCCACUUUUUAUUUGUUAGGCUUUUCCUCUUCCAUUGGAAGAAAUGAAAGGUUUUUGUUAUUUUAAUCCCAUGGAAAUCCAGUGGGAGGGAAAAUAACUCCAUCCGUGUAGUCUCUCUCCCUUCCCCCAGGCUCCAAUUCUGGGGGCCAAUUUCGACAAUGACGGGGCUUUGAAUCUACUAGAUCCGGAUCUGCCACUGAUGUGACCUUUUUUUUAACCCUUUCACCCUUGAGACACCAAUGACAUUUCAGUGCCACCCAUGACAUUCAUUCAGUGACAGGAGGCCUGUAGCCACAGACUUCCAUUUCAGAUUGCAGAGAGGCACAGUUUCCAGUGGGACUCCCAACUGCCCUUCUUGGGAGCUUAGGAUUUCUCCCUGAAAGUGAUGUUUUUAAUUGACGAAUCAAUCAGACUUUAUACCUCCUAAUGAAAUGGUAGACCACAUUGAGAUACUUCAAGUUGCCCCCAAAAUGAUUAAGUGAAGAAAGCACAGGGAAAGCCUCUUGCUGAUGCACCUUUAGAAAUUCUGCUGCUUCCUUAGUUAACUCCAAUUUUCAGUCCAGCAUCUCCUUGCCGAUGCCAACAUAUCUCUUGUUAAAUUAGCUGCAACCAUUUAAAGUCUUUUAGUGGCAUCUGCAUGAUAAUUGCACAGAGACGCUUUGUAUCUGGGAAGCCGGCCAAGGAAUAAACCUUGAAGCAAAGUGUAUUAAAUUAGUUAUCUCAUUAUAGCUUUUUGAAUAAUUUCCUAAUGAUGAAUUAAGUUUGAACCCAGAGCUGUCAAGUCCCAUUGCUCCAUUUGGCCUGACAGGUAGGGAGUAAGAUGGGGGAAAUCAACCACUCUGAGGUCUGAUUAUGACGAGAUCUGGGUUGGAAUGGGUAUAUUCUUGGCUUUUCUGGAAGUGCACAAACAAAAAAAGAGCCAUAUUUAAUAAGCAGGCAUAAUGGAUGCUAAAAGGGAGAAGUCGAUGCAAAGCCGCCAAGGCUUUUUGUCACAGUGCACA